CCACUUCCUGUCUAUUUGGCCAAUGCACGAUACGCAACAUGGGCAAUCUAGGUGACUUGUCGCCGGAGGGAAGCGUUGCCGUCGGUGUCAUCGUUGGGCUGAUUUCAACUAGCCUCCAGGCGAUCGGACUCACCCUGCAGCGCAAGUCGCAUUUACUCGAGGACGAGAAGCACCCAUAUGAUGUGCGCAGACCCCCCUACAAGCGCCGACGAUGGCAGGUAGGAAUGGGAAUGUUUGUGAUCUCCAAUAUCGUGGGAAGCACCAUUCAGAUCACCACUCUGCCACUUCCGGUCCUUUCCACGCUUCAAGCGUCCGGACUAGUCUUCAAUACGAUAUUCGCGACAUUGAUCUUGGGUGAACCCUUCACCCGAUACUCCCUCGCUGGUACAGUUCUCGUUUGCAUAGGCGCAUUGUUGAUUGCGACAUUCGGCGCCAUCGGGGAACCGGCACAUACCUUGGACCAACUUCUGGAGCUCUUACAACGCAGGCCGUUCCUGUUAUGGAUGGGUGGAACUACACUUUUGGUGGUGGCUGUAUUGGUGGCCUCAAAACUGCUGAAACACUUCCUGCCUUCGUCACGCGCGAAACCCUCGGCUUCUGGGCAUUUUGCGCCACACCUACUGCGACUGCAAAGCCGAAUGAAGUUGAUCCGUGGUAUGUCCUAUGGUUUUGUCAGCGGUAUUCUUUCUGCCCAUUCGCUACUUCUGGCUAAGUCGGCGGUGGAACUGCUUGUGCGCACGGUGGUUGACCGUGUAAACCAAUUCAACCGUUGGCAGUCAUGGGUGAUUCUUCUAGGAAUGAUAUUCCUAGCCCUGACACAGCUAUUCUAUCUUCAUCGCGGGCUAAAGCUGUGCAGUACCAGUGUUCUAUACCCGUUCGUGUUCUGCAUUUACAACAUCAUCGCCAUCAUGGAUGGACUGAUCUACUUCCGGCAAGUGUCUCAGUUGGCCGGCUUUCACGCCGGUCUCAUUGCUUUGGGGACAAUUGUUCUUCUGGCCGGUGUUUUAUGCCUUUCUUGGCGAUUGGAAGAUAUCGAUAGUCACGCUGCUGUUAGCGCCUUGGGACCCACGCAGACUGGGCUUGGGCCCGGUAUGGGAGUUGUGGAAGAGCACCCGGCAUCGCCUCGAUUGCUGGACGGCGAGGACGAAGAAGCACACAUUGGAGAACGCGAACCCCUUCUCAACGCAAACACAAACACCCGACAUCUUUCAUAUCAACGGGGACGAGCUCCGAGUUUACCGCUAAAUCUACAUCUUGAUCACCCGGACCCUGUGGACCUGAACCCCGCAUCUAUCUGGGCGGAACUCGACGACUCAGACUAUGAUUCUGCUGAUGGGCAACGUCGUUCUUCGGCAGACCAGCCACACAGCACCAGUGGUAGUGUGACCUUCCAUGGUCCACCACCAGGGCUUGCACGACACUCGACCAUCGGCGCCACUACGCACGAUCGAGGGUGGGGAUCUCGCCGAGGCUUGGCAUCAGGGCGCGAGAACCAGCGGCGUCGAACUUUGGGUCCUUUCGGUGGGCUUUCUAUCACCAAACGCCAACGACGCGCAUGGGGCAUGCCCAAUUCCACGUCUGAACAGCCCCACGGCUACGGAUCCAUCCAAGAAGUUGUCGGUGAUACUCAUGGACAUGACGACCCCCAUUCUCCAACUGUCGGGUCUGGUUUUCUUGCAGGACCGAGCAGAGCGUUGGCUGGGGCCUGGAAAUCCGGAAUACAAUAUCUGUCUCGAUGGAGCAACCCGCGGGCGGGCACCCAGACCAACUCAGAAGAUGAACCCUCGUCUACUCUCCCACGGGCAGGAAAUCAUCCUCGAGCGCGGCAUACUCAACAAAUCACCGAACCCGAAUCCGAUCCAAUCUAG